AUGUCUCCUCCGUCUACCCACUGCAUCGGAGAGCUGAGCGCCAAGGAUCUCGAACGGUUCACGCAAACCCUCAGCCUCCCCGUCCGCACCCUCCCAAGCCCGGCAUGGCUCAAGGACCAACAAGCCUGCAUCCCGGACCUUCCGUACCGGCUCCGGAAGCCGCACUCCCUGCUCCCCCGGCUCGCCAUGGCCCUGCCCUUCACGGACAAGGCCUGCCUCUGCAAGUCCCACCGCGGGCUGGACCCGCACCUCAUCCGCCGCAUCUUCCUGCAGGUCUCGGCGGAGUGCACGACACGGCUGAGCCGGCUCGUGGAGAGCCCGCAGCCGCGGCCGAUCGCGCUCUUCGUGCGGCGCCUGCAGACGAUCAACAGCCUGUGGAUGGACCCGGACCUGUACCGGGUCACGUUCGCGUGCAUGCCGGACGAGGAGCGCUUCGAGCGCGUCCCGAGCGAGUGCGAGGCGUGCAUCCUGGCGAGCGUGGGCGGGAGCCCGUCCAUGCUGUUCGAUCUCCGCGCGUCGAUGCUGGGCCGCAGGAAGAAGGGCAAGCACGAGCCGCGCCUGCUGCGGCUGGUGGACGCGUGGAUGGAGUGGACGGCGCAGGGCGACGUCUUGCGGACUGCCAGCGACAGCUUCGCGAAGGAUGUCAGGGCGUGCAGGAGACGGAUGCAGAAGGCACGACGACAGCAAAAGAGGGGUGGCCAGGCUGGCACUGGAAUCGAGACUGAGGAUCCGCGAGAGCAGCUGCUGCAGAAUGACUUCUAUGCGGAAGAGCAUCGUGAGCGGGAGGAGAGCAACGAGGACGACCCGGAGGGAUCCAUCAUCGACUACUACGCGAGCCGCGUGCGGCGAAACACAGGCGGCAGGACCGAUGCCCGUGCCAUGCAUCCGGCUUUCCGAGAGUCCAUGUCCUUCCCGCUCUCCCCGGUGUCUGCUCGUGAGUCCCUCCCUCCCAGACCGGGAAACCCCACCGCUUACACAGGCACGGAGCCAAGCAUGGCCCGCCACCGAGGCGCCGCGGCUGCUCGUCCUGGUCCUCCGCUGGCCUGGGCGAACAACAACAACAACCAUCACCGCAAGCCGCCGCGGCACACCGCCGCCUACUCGGAGAGCGUCUACAGCCGCGCGCCCGAUGGAUCUGCCGUCGGCUCGGAUCUGCAUCUGCCUCCGAUGCCGCCGCUGGCUAGACGGAUGAAUAGCUCGGAGGAGCAGGCUGAUGCGUAUCUAGAGAUGUUGGUGCAUGAUCUGGACGAAGAGGGGGCAUACGUGUCUCCAAGGGUGGAUUGGGGAAGAGCCCUCCGAGAGCGUGAGGUGAUGGAUGAUGCCCAGGCGGAGGCGGAUGACCGGCGCCAGACCACGAUGACGGACUUCAUCCGUCCCAGGGCUUAA